CCACGCUUGUAGUUAUUAAACUGUCAAAAAACGUCUCAUCGUCGUGUUGUUAUCGUUUUGCUACAACUUUACGAUUUAUAUUUAUUUUAUACUUUUCAAUAUGUUAGACGACGUGAAACGUGUUAUAUUGGUAUUGUCGGGAAAAGGCGGUGUGGGAAAAUCUACUGUAAGCACUCAGUUAGCCUUAACAUUGAAGGAAAGAGGUUAUAAGGUUGGACUUCUAGACGUCGACUUAUGCGGCCCCAGUGUGCCUUAUCUACUGAAUCUUGAGAACCAAAACGUCCACCAAGGCCCGCAGGGAUGGGUCCCCGUGUACACAGAUCCAGAGCAGAGGCUCGGGGUCAUGUCAAUAGGCUUUCUGUUAAGUUCUCGCAACGACGCGGUGGUGUGGAGAGGGCCUAAGAAAACCUCCAUGAUUAAGCAGUUUUUGGAGGAUGUGCAGUGGCAAGAGCUUGAUUAUCUUGUUAUCGAUACUCCACCAGGCACCUCAGACGAGCACAUAACAGUGAUGGAGAACUUGCGGCAAGUGCCCCAGUGUUCCGCCAUAUUGGUGACCACUCCACAGCAAGUCGCCAUUGAGGAUGUGCGGAAAGAAAUCACCUUCUGCAGAAAAACUGGCAUUCCCAUUAUGGGUAUCAUUGAGAAUAUGAGUGGCUAUGAAUGUCCAAACUGCAGCGAAUGCACAAACAUAUUCUCCAGCGGAGGUGGGAAGUCCCUAGCCGAGUAUGCCAAGAUCCCAUUCCUCGGGAGUGUACCCAUCGACCCACGAGUGGGCAAGCUAGCCGGGCAGGGACUAGCUGCGGUCACGGAUCUGCCAGAUUCUACUACUAGUAAAGUGUUUGAUGAGCUGGUGAGGACGCUAGCACAGAGUGAUAGAGUAUAGACAUG